AGUUCCUUUUUUCUCCCCCUUCUUCAUCUCAUCUAUUGAAGCAAGGGAGCUGCUGCUUGCUGCUGCACACAGCAGAGGAAGAAAGAGAGCGCGACACACGCAUCUAGGAGAGAAAGAGAGGGGGGGAAGGAGCCGGGAGAGAUCUUAGAGACAGCUCUGCACCCAGACAGAAUGGUACAGCGCACCGAGACGGAGCAGCAGCAACAGAAGCGGCGGCGGCGGCGGCGCUUGUGAGAUCAAGGCUUUCUCCAGCCCUCCGUUGCUGUGGCGAGAAAGAGGUUGGGGAGAGUCUGGCUUGGCGUCCAGCGGCCGAGCGGCGAGGAGCCUGGAGAGCAAUUCAAACCACAGGCGAAGCGGUCAGGGGAAGGAAGGCGAGCGCGCUGAGAUUCCCUGGCUCCGCUCACCCUCGCACCCUGGAUGUGGGAAGCAGCAGCGGCGAAGACCUCCGGAUCCUCGCGAAAUGUUGCAAUGGAAGGCUCGGGGUCUGACUCGCCGGGAGCAGCUACAGCGGCAGCAGCGGCAGCAGCGGCAGCCAACGCGGUAUGAAGUGGUCUGUCAGCAGCAGCAGCGAACCUCCGCCAAACCAGCCAGUCCCCGGUCCCUCUGGAUCGUCCCGCAGCAGCAGCAGCGCGCUGGGGGGAACCUUAGAAGACCCAGUCGCUGGGUCGCCAAAACAACAGCAGCAGCCGCGGCGGCUCUGUGGCGGCAACAUGGCCUCAGCUGUUAAUGCCUCGGAGCCGGAGAGCGGCGGCGGCGGCUGUAGAGUGCCAGAUCGGCUGGGGAGAAGCGGCAGCAGAAGGCGGAGAAGGAUAGGCGAGAACAGACGCGCCGCGCCGCCAGACCUGGAAUAUCUGCAGCGGCCGAGCUACUGCGACGCAGGGUUCGCCUUGGAACAGAUAGCAAAGGGGAAAGCUACUGGAAGAAAAGCACCGUUGUGGCUGAGAGCGAAAUUUCAGAGACUGCUAUUUAAACUGGGCUGUUACAUUCAAAAAAACUGCGGGAAAUUUUUAGUGGUUGGCCUUCUGAUAUUCGGGGCCUUUGCGGUGGGAUUAAGAGCAGCCAAUCUGGAGACCGAUGUGGAGGAACUCUGGGUAGAAGUUGGUGGGCGAGUGAGUCGGGAGUUGAGUUACACACGCCAGAAGAUUGGAGAAGAGGCCAUGUUUAAUCCUCAACUCAUGAUUCAGACACCACAAGAAGAGUCUGCUAAUGUACUAACGACAGAAGCACUCAGACAGCACCUUGAUUCUGCACUACAAGCCAGUAAGAUACAUGUAUAUAUGUACAACAGACAAUGGAAAUUGGAACACUUAUGUCACAAAUCAGGGGAACCCAUCACAGAAACAGGUUACAUGGACAAGAUUAUAGAACAUCUUUACCCUUGUUUGAUUAUCACACCACUGGACUGCUUCUGGGAGGGUGCAAAGUUACAGUCUGGGACUGCAUAUCUACCAGGAAAACCCCAUUUGCAGUGGACCAACUUUGACCCCUUAGAAUUCUUAGAAGAGCUGAAGAAGAUAAACUCCCAAGUAGACACCUGGGAAGAAAUGCUGAAUAAGGCAGAAGUUGGCCAUGGGUAUAUGGAUCGACCUUGCCUGAACCCCGAUGAUCCCGACUGUCCUAUUACAGCCCCUAACAAAAAUUCAACCAAACCUCUUGAUGUCGCCCUUGCUUUAAGUGGUGGAUGCUAUGGGCUGUCAAAAAAAUACAUGCAUUGGCAGGAAGAACUAAUUGUUGGUGGCACUGUUAAAAAUGGUACUGGGAAACUUGUCAGUGCUCAGGCUUUACAGACCAUGUUUCAGCUAAUGACUCCAAAGCAAAUGUAUGAGCACUUCAAGGGUUACGACUAUGUUUCACACAUCAACUGGAAUGAGGACAAAGCAGCUGCAAUCCUGGAAGCAUGGCAGAGGAUGUAUGUUGAGGUUGCUCAUCAAAGUCUUGCACAAAACUCUACUCAGAAGGUGCUUUCCUUUACGACGACAACUCUGGAGGACAUCCUAAAAUCAUUUUCUGAUGUCAGCGUCAUCAGAGUUGCUAGCGGCUAUCUAUUAAUGCUUGCCUACGCCUGCUUAACCAUGCUGAGGUGGGACUGUGCUAAAUCCCAGGGCGCUGUGGGCCUGGCAGGAGUCUUGUUGGUUGCCCUCUCAGUAGCUGCAGGAUUGGGAUUGUGCUCCUUGAUUGGGAUUUCCUUUAACGCUGCCACAACUCAGGUUUUACCCUUUCUUGCUCUAGGAGUUGGGGUGGAUGAUGUCUUCCUUUUGGCACAUGCAUUUAGUGAAACUGGGCAGAAUAAGAGAAUUCCAUUUGAGGAUAGAACAGGGGAAUGUCUGAAGCGCACAGGUGCAAGUGUGGCCCUUACAUCUAUUAGCAAUGUUACUGCAUUCUUCAUGGCUGCCUUGAUUCCCAUUCCAGCUCUACGGGCAUUUUCACUCCAAGCUGCUGUGGUUGUAGUAUUUAACUUUGCCAUGGUUCUGUUAAUUUUUCCUGCUAUUUUGAGUAUGGAUCUGUACCGCCGGGAAGAUCGGAGGCUGGAUAUAUUCUGCUGUUUUACAAGCCCCUGUGUCAGCAGAGUCAUUCAAAUUGAACCUCAAGCAUAUGCAGAGGCCGGUGAUAACUUACGCUGCAGCCCUCCACCACCCUACAGCAGCCCCAGUUUUGCACACGAAACUCAAAUCACAAUGCAGUCUACAGUCCAGCUGCGGACUGAAUACGACCCACGCACUCAGGUUUAUUACACCAGAGCAGAGCCUCGUUCAGAAAUAUCGGUACAACCAGUCACCGUGCCACAAGAUAACCUCAGCUGCCAGAGCCCAGAAAGCACAAGUUCAACCAGGGAUCUCCUUUCCCAGUUCUCCGAAACUACACUGCAUUGUCUUGAGCCUCCCUGUACUAAAUGGACGCUCUCCUCUUUUGCUGAAAAGCAGUAUGCGCGACUCCUGUUAAAACCAAAAGCAAAGAUUGUGGUCAUUUUUCUUUUUCUGGGCUUACUUGGCCUCAGUCUUUAUGGAACUACCCUUGUGAGAGAUGGAUUGGAUCUCACAGACAUUGUGCCACGGGAAACACGAGAGCAUGAGUUCAUUGCAGCCCAGUUCAAAUACUUCUCAUUCUAUCAUAUGUACAUUGUUACCCAGAAAGCAGAUUAUCCCAACAUCCAACAUUUACUUUAUGAACUUCACAGAAGUUUCAGCAAUGUGACCUAUGUUUUAUUGGAAGAAAACAAGCAGCUUCCUAAAAUGUGGUUGCACUAUUUUAGAGACUGGCUGCAAGGUCUUCAGGAAGCCUUUGACAAAGACUGGAAAUCUGGGAAGAUCACAUUUAACAGUUACAAAAAUGGAUCUGAAGAUGCUGUUUUGGCUUACAAACUUCUAGCUCAGACUAUUUCAAACAUCCGAGAUAAACCCCUUAAUAUGAGCCAGUUGGCUAAACAGCGCUUGGUGGAUGCAGAUGGAAUCAUUAACCCAAAGGCUUUCUACAUUUACCUAACAGCCUGGGUUAGCAACGAUCCUGUGGCGUACGCUGCCUCUCAAGCCAACGUUCGGCCCCACCGUCCAGAAUGGGUCCACGAUAAAGCAGACUAUAUGCCAGUAACAAUCCCAGAAGCUGAGCCUAUUGAAUAUGCUCAAUUUCCUUUCUACCUCAAUGGACUGCGUGAUACCUCUGAUUUUGUGGAAGCUAUAGAGAAAGUGAGAGCAAUCUGCAGUAAUUACACUAGCCUCGGGAUUCCCAGUUAUCCAAACGGGUAUCCAUUUCUCUUUUGGGAACAAUAUAUAAGUCUUCGUCAUUGGCUCCUCUUGUCCAUUAGUGUGGUUCUGGCCUGCACAUUUCUGGUGUGUGCCCUCAUUCUUCUGAACCCCUGGACAGCUGGGAUCAUUGUGGUUGUGCUGGCUCUUAUGACAGUGGAACUCUUUGGAAUGAUGGGUCUAAUUGGAAUAAAGCUAAGUGCAGUGCCUGUCGUCAUCCUGAUAGCAUCUGUUGGAAUUGGAGUGGAAUUCACGGUUCAUAUUGCUUUGGCAUUUCUAACAGCAAUAGGAGACAAAAAUCGUAGGACUGUCCUUGCAUUAGAGCACAUGUUUGCGCCUGUGUUGGAUGGAGCUGUGUCUACGCUGCUUGGUGUAUUAAUGCUUGCAGGAUCUGAAUUUGACUUUAUUGUCAGGUAUUUCUUUGCUGUUUUGGCAAUUUUAACAAUCUUAGGUGCUUUGAAUGGAUUGGUGCUGCUUCCUGUUCUCCUUUCCCUGUUUGGACCAUAUCCUGAGGUUUCUCCAGCUGAUGGAAGGAACAGACUAUCUACCCCUUCGUCUGAGCAUCCCCCAAGCAUUGUAAAGUUUGCUAUUCCACCAGCUCAUGGUCAAAAUGGGUCAGAUACUUCUGAUUCUGAGUACAGUUCUCAGACAACAGUAUCAGGAAUCAGUGAGGAACUACAUCAGUAUGAGGACCCCCAGAGAACUGGAGCCCCAGUCCAUCAAGUCAUUGUUGAAGCAACUGAAAAUCCAGUAUUCACCAAAUCCACAGUGAUCCAACCAGAAGCAAGCUAUUAUCCAUCAAGCCCAAAGUUACAAACUAAUCAAGAGCCUGGAAUCCAACAAACAUGGCAUAAAAGCAAGAAAUCCAAAAGAGAACCAAGGGAAGGACUUCAGCCACCCCCUUACCGACCACGUAGAGAUGCUUUUGAAACUUUUACCAAAGGGCAUUCAUGUCCUAGUAAUAGGGAUUGCUCUGGUCAGAGAGCUCGUUCUCAGAACAUCAGAAAUCCAGCCUUCACUGUCACAGGCUCUUCUGUGCCACCAUGCUGCCAGCCUAUCACUACUGUGACUGCCUCUGCUUCAGUUACUGUAGCUGUACAUCCUGCUGGGCAUAGCCACAAUCCUCACGGAGGAAGCUUUCCAUCCUACAAGAGGCACCAUGAAGCUGAGCAUGGACAAUUUGAGGAUCCUCAUGUGCCAUCUAAUGUCCGGUGUGAGAGGAGGAACUCUAAAGUAGAAAUCAUAGAACUGCAAGAUGUUGAAUGUGAAGAAAGGGCUCAUGGCGAGGGGUCAAAUUAAGGGAAAUAACUGAAGCAGAGAAGAGGCCAAAGAUGGGAGACCUCCUCUUUCCAGAACCGCUUGAAGAGAAACUGCUUCGAGUUAUGGAAAAGGACAAUGCUGCACCAGGACAAAUAUUCCCCCUUACUGUAAUCUAUUGUAAUAUUUUGUGAAUUAUUUCUAUAAAUAUUUAAAAGAUGUACACAUCUGUAAUAUACGAGAGAAACUGUGUAAAGUAGUAUAAUCUGGAGUUGUGUUAACUCCUGUUUAACAGAGUGGGGACUGUUGUUUGUGCUCUGUACUUACUGUACGUUGAUCUCUAUGCCACAACUAAGCUUAAUCUAGUCAUAAAUUUCAGCAUAUGUUGCUGCUGCUUAAAUAUUGUAUGAUUUAUAUGUAUAAUUCUAUGCAAAUAUUGCUAAUGUAUUAGGAUUUUUUUGUGUAAAGGUUCAUAUAUAUGUGUAUGUGUGAGAGAGUGUGUUAAACUAUUUUAAAAUUUCCAUAUCACAGCCCUGUGGUAGUAUGAAAUACUUCUGUUAACUUUCAAACACGCUAUGCGUGAUAAUUUUUUUUCUGUUUUUUCCUUAAUGAGCAGAUAUGAAGAGCAGUGUGUUUAACGCUGAUGACUGAAGUAGGCAUAGCUGUGUGGUUUGUGUACUGUAACUGUUUUGUGGAGAACAGAUUAUUGUGAACUUCUAACAUAUGCCCUGCUGAAAUGAAUGUAGCACUGAAAGUAUGUGACUUACCGAUAACUCUCGUAUGUAAUUAAUGGCUCACAUGUAAGAGAUUUGGCCAGAAAAUUACAAGCUGAAUAAUCCUUUUUGCCUUUAAUAACCUACUGAUGCUGGCUACGACUACAGUUUUGUACACCUUCAGUUCCAUUAGAAUUAGUGUGAGUUCUCAUGUGUGCAUAAAUCUAUGUACGGUUGCAACUAGUAAAUGAUGAUGAUGAUAAUAAUGAUAAUAAUAAUAAUGGAGCUUAGCAAUUGUUAAUGCCACAUCAAAAAAAUUAUUAAACCUAGGAGUGGAAUGAUUGGGAGCCAGCAUUUGUAGGUUAUAGGCUUUACCAUUCCAAUGUAUUGUAUUUGGCUUUAGGCAAACUACACAAACUGCCUCUGCUAAUCUAUGCAGCGGCCAUGUCUCCAUUGAGAAUAAAAUGGCCUCUUGUUCUCACUGCAUCGUCCCACCUACACAAAGCAGAACAAGAAGGAGAUGCUAGAAGCUAAAUGCUAAAAGGCUUGGUGUGCUUUAGAACUACUCUGACCCUCAUUACACAGAUGGUCAUGGCUGCAGUCUGCAACAUGUAACACAACUGACAUAGUUGAUAUUCUCUGUCCCCAUCAUUUUAUGAAACCUUCAAGUUAGUUAAAGACCAUUUCCAUUCAGGUUAUCAGUUGUGAAAAACAUCCCUUUGAAUGUCAUCUUCUCCAAGCUGGUAACCUUGGUGUGUUAACUACAGACCUUUUAAUCAGAAAGACAUCAGAUUGAAAAACACUGUCUUAAUGCAUCUAAAGUAUUAAUAAUGUAGCUUUUUUUUUUCAAAUUUGUUAUACUGGGAUUUGUAAUUAUGUAAAGUUGCCAUAUUAGGCAUAGCACAGCAGAAAGUAAUAUGAUUCAUUUUUUAUGUCUUUCUAUCUCAUUUCUCAGAGCGAAAGACUAACAAAUAUAAGUAUAAAUAUAAAUAUAUAUAAAAGAAAAUGUAGUAAAAUAGGAAGGAAAGCAAGCAAGCAAGGCAAAGCCUUAAAAUGAUAUCAGAAGACAUACGAUACACAAAUUAUUAUCACAUACAAUGUAUUGCAUAUCAAACUACAUGUGAACUUGAAGGUUUUCACUAAAAUGCAUUGGAUGUUUUAUUCUAUUAAAUGUUCUUUAAGUUUUCAGCUUUAAAUGUCCUUUCUGCAUUUCAGAGAAAAAUAUUUGUUGUGACCUAUGUAAGUAUACAAGAAGCACAGAGUCAGCAUGGCUUCCCUGCUGUCUUUGUUAAGAUUUUGCAUCUUAGUUUGAAGUAGUAACAGAGGCUGAAAAAAAUACGAGGUGGAUUUCUCUGCUGGCUCCUGGUCUCAUGUAAAGAGAGGAAUUCCUGCAUUUCUUCCACGUGUUGCAUGAGCUGCCCUUACAACAACAGCAUAUACGUCCCUAAUGGAAUUCUCCUUUUCUACAAAACUCGGGGGGGCAUGGAGAGACAACAUGCCAACAGAUCUUCUGCAUAUAAUUUGGGUUAAAGCAGGGUUAUAAUGCACGGUGUAUAACCCUGCUUUUGAUAGUGUUCAAAUACUAUCACGUAUACUUGUGAUAGUAUUUUAAAGCAGUUUCUUGCUGAUGUGCAGCUUAGCAAAUAGUCUUCUGAACACACCCCACUGAAUGAAAACUAAUGCUUUUACACAAUGCAUGUUAAAUUUCCUGAGACUGGUGUGCUUAUCCAUCAGCACUCCUCAGAAUCUGGUAAAAAGUUCCGGAGCAAUUGAUUUUACCAAAUUGGCUAAGAGCAGCUCUCUCUAGGAAAAACUUGUAUUUAAGCGAUUUUGCA